CAAACCGAGAUGAAAACGGAGUUGGUUGCGCAAACACGAAGUCCUACCAGUAAAAAGCUACCAUUGAAAUAUUUGGGAUGUGUUGCCUUGGUUUGGUUCAAGAACUGUAACUAUCUUUUUCCACAGCUGUGCUGAUUUACCUGUAUCUCUGCCACAUGGGACACGAGCUAGCUGAAGGGUCAGAGUUGACUGCAUGAGGAGGCAGAGUUAAGGGAACCUGGACCCCAACCAGUCACACUUCUAGACCAGAGGUCUGUGGUCCUCUCCUCCUAGAGAUGAGGUCCAUCCGAUUGUUUGCCAAUGACGACCGCCACGUCAUGGCAAAGCAUGCCAACAUCUACCCUUCGCCAGAGGAGCUGGAGGCUGUCCAGAAGCUGGUGUCCACCGUGGAAUGUGCCCUCAAGCAGGUAUCAGACUGGAUGGACAACCUCAACGCCUCCCAAAGCAAGGUCCCGAUCCCCACCACCAGUGACCCCAAGGAUGUUGAAGACUCUACCGGCAGCCGCAGCACCACAAAGCCCCAGAAUGCUUCAAUCCUGUGUGGGGUUAUGCGUGUUGGUCUUGUGGCUAAAGGCCUCCUGGUUAAAGGAGACAUGGACUUGGAGCUGGUCCUGAUGUGCAGAGACAAACCCACCAAACUACUGCUGUACACUGUCAGCACCAACCUGCCAGUGCAACUACAGACGCUGACAGAGGACCAGUAUGAGGUGCGGCCGAGUGUGUCGGAGUCAGCCAUCCAGGUGGUCAACACCAACAACCCCAAAUUCACCCUGAAGAUUACCCUGUCCUCUCUGGCCAUGAGAGAAAAACACACUGCCACAGAAGAAGAGGAAGGCGUGGGGGACCUUGAGGUGCUGGACGAGCGGCGGUGCCAGGCCGCACUGGCAACACUCAGACACACCAAAUGGUUCCAGUCCAGAGUGACAGAUCUGAAGUCGUGUGUCAUCGUCAUGCGUAUUCUCAGAGACAUGUGCAACAGACUAAUUGUGUGGGAGCCUCUCAAAGGAUGGCCCAUGGAGCUGAUCUGUGAGAAAGCCAUUGCCACCUGUAACCGGCCCCUGGGGCCCGGAGAGGCCCUGCGCAGGGUCAUGGAGUGCAUUGCCUCAGGGAUCCUCCUCCCAGAUGGGCCGGGAGUUCACGACCCCUGUGAGAGAGAGCCAACAGACACCUUGUCAGUGAUCACUGGCCAACAGGCUGAGGCUAUCACUCAAAACGCACAGCAUGCCCUACGUCUCCUGGCCUUCGGACAGCUUUAUAAGGUUCUGAAUAUGAAUCCUCUCCCUCCAACCAAACCCUCACACAGACUCUCAGGGUCAGACAAAAAAGGAACCUGCCGGAAAAGGCAGCAUGAAGAUGAACACACUAACAACAGACAACUCUUCAAGAAGAUGAAAUGCAACCUGAUGGGAGUUCUGGACAGUAAGAUGAUGGACCCCAACCACCCCAUGAAUGCCCUGAUGAGACUGAACCAGGUCCACCCGGGGCUGCAUUAUAAGCUGUUGUCCCAGUCUGGCCCGGUCCACACUCCAGUCUUUACCAUGUCUGUGGACGUACAGGGCACUGUCCAUGAGGCCUCUGGCUCUUCCAAGAAGACUGCCAAACUCAAAGUAGCACUUAAGGUCCUACAGGCUCUUGGUUACCCAGCUGGCUUCGAAGUGGACCUGGACUCCCUGAGCGCUGAUGAGAGGUCUGACGGUGAGGGACGAAACCACAGAAGUGAGAGAAACGACAGAAUGUCCACCAGCUCCAGAAGCAACUCUGUCACCUCCACAGACACAUGCGAGUCCCGCAUCCCAGGCCCUCUCCUCACGCCAGGGGGCAAGAACCCAGUGAUGGAGCUGAACGAGAAACGCAGAGGCCUGAAGUAUGAACUCUUAUCAGAGACUGGCGGCAGCUACGACAAACGCUUCAUCAUAGAGGUGGAAGUUGAUAAACAGAAGUUCAGAGGCUCUGGGCCCAAUAAGAAAGCAGCGAAGGCUAGUGCUGCCCUCGCUGCUCUGAAGAGACUCUUCUCUGACUCAAAAGACCCCCACAACAAUACGAGGGGGCCCAGGACACCGGUGAAGAGAACUGUGUCGUCAACGGUGUCUAUCCCAGUCCAUGCCCACAGCAGGCCUAGAACCAGGCCAGUGAUGCACAGAGCACCUUAUAUCAGUGCUCCACCUACCCAUGGGUACCUCCCACCAGGCUAUGGAGCUCCAUUUGGCUAUGGUCCUGCAGCUCCCUUCCCUGCCUAUGGUGGUUUGUACAUUGACAGUGCCUUUUACCAGCCACAGACAAUUGCCACUCCUAUUAUAAUUCACCUGGGUCCUCAGGAUUUCUUCUGAUCUCGCAGCCAGUGGGGGAUGACUUGACAUUUUGAAACUUCCCGUUUCCUGUCUGACCAGGCUUUAUCUACCUUACUAAGGCUGUCCAAAUUCUACAUCCUUUUCACAUAUUGUGCAAGUGCACACAAGGGUGGAGAAUCGGGACCCAUCUCUCUGAGUAGACAUCAAUCCAAGAAGGAGAAGAAGCACAACAUUGUCAGGGUUGGAACUUUCCAGUGUGUUGCAAUACUUGACAAUCUUUUAUAUCUACUUGAAAUAGUGGAAAUGUGCUGUUUUGGAAUGGACGUUGCAUAACACUGCAAUAUUUGUCAUAUAAACUCAGCAAAAAAAGAAACUCUCACUGUCAACUGUUUAUUUUCAGCAAACUUAACAUGUGUAAAUAUUUGUAUGAACAUAAGUUUCAA